AUGUCGAACAAAGGCCUUUUAGAUUACGGGAAUGGAGAAGUUAUAAAUCCAGACACAUACUUUGAAAACCAUAGCCCACCAAAAUCUCUCGGGGAAAAUGAGCGCAGAGUUCGAGAAUUCGUGUCAACCCAUAGGAAAACUGGACGAAGAAUUGUACUAAUUACCAGCGGAGGUACUACAGUACCGCUAGAGAAUCAGACAGUUCGCUUCAUCGAUAACUUUAGUGCUGGCACUCGCGGGGCCACUUCCGCUGAAUAUCCUUACGCAAUUCUAUAG